AUGGGCCGGGAAAUGGGGAGCCUGAGGCCAGAAUGGGACGUGGCCCGGACGAGGGCAGUCAGCGUCAGGCAGGGCAGAGCAGGGAAGGCGCGGGAGACUGAGGCCGAAGAGGACGUUGCAGAAGGCCGAGACUGGGAUGACCGGAAGGACGCGCACAUUCCAGAGGGUCUGGCAACUGCCCGAACCCAAGCUAAUCCUGCUGUGAACAAACAGGACCAGGGAGCUCCCGGCUUCCCUUCCUCAGAAAAGUUAGCUCUCCCGGGCCUCUCCUUUCUUCCGUGUACAAUGACAGCAGGGACGGUUCAUAAGCAUCCCCCUCCCCUGCUGGCUCCCCCCUCCUUCUCCACAACCUCCCUGCUCAGUGGAGCCGGGGCCCUCUGUGACGUCCACAAGGGGAUUGGAGACAGAUUAAUCCUUGGAAGAGGAAGCCGGCCUGAGGGGCUCCAGCCAGAGACUUCACCAUCGGGGCUCUGGGGGAAUGAUGAAGACAUUUCAUUUUCAAGACCAGUAGACCUUGACCUUAACCAAUCAACACCUUUCAAACCCUUGGCAUUUAAACCUCCCCGUGUUCUGACACUAAGUGAGAGACCGACCACUCUUCUGGACUUAGAAAGGCCCAUCCUUCCAACCCCUCAAAAUGAAAAUCAAGUCCGUAUAGUUGGCAGACUGAAAAGAGAGACGCCCAUGAGGGAAAAUGGACGAGCAAAUAGGCGAUUGGUCAGAAAUGAUUCCACGUACAGUCUUCCAAACGUGGACACGACCAUUGAAGAAACACCAGAUGAUGCGACUGUUGUAGACGCUGCUUCCCUAAGACGUCAGCUCAUCAAACUUAAUCGACGUCUCCAACUUCUGGAAGAAGAAAACAAAGAACGUGCAAGAAGAGAGACGAUCAUGUGUUCGAUUGCUGUAGUUUUCUGUCUGAUUAAUGGCUGGCUUUGGUUUCGCCGCCAGAGGUAA